GAUUCCUGCUCAUACAACCUUUAACUUUAUUUUCCUUUAAUCAAAACUUGAAAGCCAACCCCAUAAAUGUGGAAAAUGAUUCAAUAAUCAAAAGAAAGAUGCAAAACUCAGAUCUCUACCAUCACUUUUUAUAUCUUUCCAUGUAUGUUCUCUCUCCCCCACCUACCCCUCAAGUCACCUAGCCCGUCCAUCCAGUGUCACAAGACCAUCCAAACCAUCAAAGUGAUACCACGGUGCAGUGUAUAAAAUUAUCACCAAGCCUCCUCUUGCCUUAUGGGUGGAGAAGAUAAAUCUCUCAUCCUCGGUUGGUUCACACACUGCCGAGAUCUCGGCUCACCGGGGACGGCAAACUCCUGCAAGAAAAAUAAUCAGAGACUCCAUGCGUCAGCUCCUCGGCGCAGCCCUGGAGGCGCCGCCACCGGCAAAUGGGAGCAAACCACGGGGCAGCGCGUACGGCGGAGGCGGCAGCGCCAGCUUCGACACCAACAUGGUCAUCAUCCUCGCUGCGCUGCUCUGUGCAUUAAUAUGCGCUCUGGGCCUGAAUUCCAUCGUGCGGUGCGCUCUCCGAUGCGGCCGCCGGCUCGCCUUCGAGACCCCUGAGGAGGCUGCUGCUAGGCUCGCCGCCACCGGGCUCAAGAAGCGGGCACUGCGACGCAUCCCGGUUGCAGUCUACGGCCCGGGGACCAACAUACCUGCCACGGACUGCCCAAUAUGCCUCGGGGAGUUCGCCGACGGCGAGAAGGUCCGGGUGCUGCCCAGGUGCCACCAUGGUUUCCAUGUCUCUUGCAUCGACACAUGGCUUGCGUCGCACUCGUCGUGCCCGACCUGCCGGCACUCGCUGCUCGACUGCGGUGGCGGGGACGGCGCCGAUGUCGGAGAUAGGUCGGCAAGGCAGGAUAACGGCGUGGCGGUGGUGGUGGAUUAGGUGAGCUGACCCUGGCCAAUUGGAGGUCUUUUUGUUGCUUCUAAGCUUCCUAGAUUUGUUCAUGCAUAUUGGAGAGUUUCAUGAUGUUUUGUUGUGCCUUUAUUUUGUUCUGAUUGUAAAUUUGUAGGCUGAGGAGUAGACAAAUCAUGCAAGUGAAGAUAGAAGGGGGAAAGAAUGGGAAGUAGAUUUUUUUUUUUUAAUUUCUUUGUUCAUUCUGUGGUUUGCUUUUCUGUGCAGUAUCAUGGGGAUUAAAAAAAAAAAAAAACAUGAUGAGCUAUCCAUGAAUGCAGGUGGAGGCUGAAAAGUUGUAGGAGACCUCUAAAAAUGGGUAUUACUUCACACAUAUUUACAAUAAUUAAAGAUUCUGACAUUGCUCUUGCCUUGUUUCUACGUUUUCUCAGUUAUAGAUGCUUUAUUAAUUUCUCAUCUUUCAUUGAUUUGCCAACAAAGUCAAAGUUUUUAUGAUGAGUAAAAAAACGUUUUGUCAAAAGGAUUAGAUGUUUAUAUUUGAGGGAAAGCUAUAGAAGAUUUCAUUUUGUUAAUUUCUCCUCCUAUGAACAUCUUCUCAUAUAAUUUGAUAUUUUUUGUUAUUCAAUCUAACCUUAUAUUAUACCUUUUCUUCCUGGACAUUCAUGGGAGCACUCUUUGCCCUUUUCUUUCUGCUAUUUUUUUUUUUCUUUCCAAAGCAGCACUAUACGCCCUCUAAAAAGUUUUUUUAUUUAUUUUUUUUAAUUUUGAACUCUUUUCCUUUAUUUGAACUGUACUCAUAAGAUUUUUUAAUAGCUUUAAAAUUUGCAUUUCCUUUAUUUCCAGAAUUUCUAAAUCUUUUUUUGUUAAGAUUGGCUUCUUAAAAUAGUUAAGUAGACUAUAUUUAACAGAAUAAAAAUUCAUGAAAACUGAAUGUUGUGCUCCUUCUUUUUCUCUAAGAUAAUUGAACACAUACCAAAUUCUCAGUUCCUGAUUCUAUCGAAUUAAUAUUUUGUUAAAAUAUUGAAAAUCCUGAAUUAUUUCAAUAUGAUGUUAAAAUUUAAAUGCAUUUUUAUCUUGUAUAGAACAUCACGAAGCUUAAUUCUGAAGACUCCAUGCAUUUUCCUCUAACUAGAACCGCACUAACCAAAAGCAUAAUCUUUGAAAAUGAAAGUUACAUCCGUAAAACAAAAUAGACCUCCAGUCGAAUAGGUGAUUAUAGUCAUCCAUGCUUUCUCUCACAUUCGGAGGACAAGUGCCUACCACUAGUUUUUUAUGUCUGAAAACUAUAAAUAUGGCAUAGUCUAAAGAUAACCCUGCAUUAGUUGCACUAAUAGAGGUUCAUGCAAGCUCUUAUUGGUAGGCUUAAUUGGAACCUGCUGGCUUUUAAUUUAAGGUGAUUUAUGAAUUGGAACAGAGAGAAUAUGUGAAACCACAUGAUUAGACAACAUUAGGUCCCCUCCUUUCAAAUGGUACUCCAUCUCUUUCUUCCGUUCAAUGAAAUGUCAUGAACCUGUUUGAACCGUGCAAAAAGCCAAAGAGGAAUAUAAAUGCCGCACCGUAUUGGGUCCCCUUACCUUUAUUGCUCUCGUCUCUCUCUAAUAUUGUCCUUUCCCUCAGUUGUGAGCACAAGCAAUGAAUCCCUUCUCUCCUUUCUUGUGCCCAAAGGGACCCUUCCUUGUUGGGUUUGAUAGCCCCACGAAAGCAUAAACGAAUGCUGCACUCACCAUUGUCCUUCGACAAGUAGUUUGCUCCCCAAGGAAUUCUUCGUGUGGUGUACUGUUUGAGAACUGGGGACCAUUGCUUAGAAUCAAUUGGACCACCAUUUCUGCGAGUGAGCCAGAGCAAGAACCUUUCAAGAUUUUCCUGUUUUCAGGUAAUAGAGUGGAAUCAGGACUGAGCCCCUUCCAUGCUCGUAAUCAGGAAUCGCCUUUAGAUAAGUCAUCAGUUCGUGCUCUUGCCACUAGAGGUGCAGUGUACCGUACAAGGGGCACGCAAAUGUACGUCCUUGUCCAUUUGAUUGGUCUCAAUCAUCCUUGUCACGGACUUUACAGAACGUUGGGACAAAAGACUUGUUCAGAGGUGCACAUGGAAUCAUACUUCAGCAAGGUCAAUGUGGAGCCUCAUCAAGAAGGAUUCAACACGAUGCGCAAACAAAAAAGUGGAGGUUGCAAGCUUCAUUUCAAAGGGUAUUUAGUUUGAUGAAAGCAUGGAGUUGUCUACUGUAACAAUGUUCUAUGUUCUGACUAUUUAGCUUAGCUUUAUGAAUGUCUUUUCGAUUCUUUUCACUCGCAUCAAA